ACUAUGUAUUCAUGACCUAGCUUAGCUGUCGCAUUUAAUACAUAAGAUUCUCUUUACUUUUUCAAAAAGGAAAAAAUUCCGACGAGUAACUUUUCUUUUUCCCCUUCUACUGCAGCAGUUGUGGUCUCUUUCUCUUUCUUAGCCGGCGACAGAGAGAGAGAGACAGAGCUCAAACUCGCGUUAAAAGUCUUUCAUUUAAUCCCGGUUUCUUCUCUCUGUUGUUUACGCGUAGCCCAGAAAGGUACAAAACUUGCUGAAAACGAAAGGGGACGAAGAGUUACUACAAUUCGAACAAGAUGAAGUACAAGCUCAAGCGAUCUCUCUCCGCCUUCUUCUUCAUCUUCUUCCUCUAUCUCUCGGCGGUGACCUCCGAUCUAGAGUCUGACCGGCGAGCGUUAGUCGCCCUCCGUAACAGUGUCCGUGGCCGUCCGUUGCUAUGGAACAUGAGUGCCUCUUCUCCUUGUACCUGGCACGGAGUCCUCUGCGAAGCGGGUCGGGUCACGGUGCUCCGAUUACCCGGAGCUGGUUUAUUCGGCUCCCUACCAGUCGGCGGAAUUGGCAACCUUACCGAGCUUCACACCCUUUCUCUCCGUUUCAAUUCGAUCUCCGGCCCAAUCCCUUCGGAUUUCUCAAACCUAGUUCUCCUCCGUUACUUGUAUCUCCAAGGUAAUGCCUUGUCCGGCGAGAUUCCGUCGUUUCUCUUCACGCUUCCCAACAUAAUCCGAAUCAAUCUAGGGGAGAACAGGUUAUCGGGUCGGAUCCCGGAUAAUGUCAAUUCCGCGACCCGGUUGGCCACACUCUACUUAGAGAGAAAUCAACUCACCGGCCCGAUCCCUGAGAUCACGAUUACUCUUCAGCAAUUCAAUGUCUCUUCGAAUCAACUAAACGGGUCGAUUCCCGAUUCGCUUUCGGGGUUUCCCCGAACUGUCUUCGAAGGGAAUUCUCUGUGUGGGAAGCCCCUAAACCCUUGCAACGACGCAGCCGAAAGCCCCAAUUCGCCGUCGUCUGGGAAGAAAGACGACAAAUUAUCCGCCGGAACUAUUGCCGGAAUCGUGAUCGGGUGUGUUGUGGGUCUACUGCUGUUUCUCCUGAUCCUGUUCUGUCUCUGCAGAAAGAGAAAGAAAGAAGAAAACGCUCCAUCGAGAAACGUCGAAGCCCCUGUCGCCGCUCCGACCUCCGCCGCUGCUAUUCCCAAGGAAACGGCGGCAGGUGUUCCGUCGGCGAAGGCUACGGCGUCGGAGAGCAGUGCGGUGAAUAAAGACUUGACCUUUUUCGUGAAAUCUUUCGGGGAAUUUGAUUUGGAUGGAUUGUUGAAGGCUUCAGCUGAGGUUCUAGGGAAAGGAACAGUUGGGUCUUCUUAUAAGGCAAGCUUUGAUCAUGGAUUAGUGGUGGCUGUGAAACGGUUAAGAGACGUUGUGGUGCCUGAGAAGGAUUUCAGAGAGAGGUUGCAGGUUUUGGGAUCAAUGAGUCAUGCCAAUCUCGUGACUCUUAUUGCUUACUAUUUCAGCCGCGACGAGAAGCUUCUUGUCUUUGAGUACAUGUCUAGAGGAAGCUUGUCUGCCCUAUUGCACGGGAACAAAGGAAGCGGGAGGACACCGUUGAGCUGGGAAACCAGAGCCGGUAUAGCCUUAGGAGCUGCAAGGGCGAUUAGUUACCUACAUUCGCGUGAUUCGACAACUUCUCAUGGAAACAUCAAGUCCUCGAACAUACUCUUGUCUGAUUCCUAUGAAGCAAAGGUCUCUGAUUAUGGUCUAGCGCCUAUCAUUAGUUCCACAUCUGCACCUAACCGUAUCGAUGGCUACCGUGCCCCUGAAGUCACUGAUGCUCGCAAAAUCUCCCAAAAAGCUGAUGUUUACAGCUUUGGGGUCCUAAUCCUCGAAUUACUCACAGGGAAGUCGCCAACGCAUCAGCAAUUGAACGAAGAAGGAGUAGAUUUGCCAAGAUGGGUCCAAUCGGUUACCGAUCAACAACCACCGUCUGAUGUGUUUGAUCCCGAGCUCACAAGGUACCAAUCUGAGGGCAAUGAGAACAUGAUCCGGCUCUUGAAGAUCGGUAUGAGCUGCACGGCUCAGUACCCUGAUAGUCGUCCUUCGAUGGCUGAUGUCACCAGACUCAUCGAGGAGGUUUCGCAUUCAUCAGGCUCCUCCCCAAACCCGGUAUCAGACUGAUUUUUUUUUGUGGGGGUCUAUAUUGAUCGACUUGAAAAUUGUUUGGGGCUAAAUUGCAAUUUCUUCAAUAGUAUCUACACAUUCCCCGCCUUUUUUUCCAUCUUUGCUCUUGUCCUACUAGUUUGUUCGUUAAUUGUUGAGCCUCAAAUUGAGAUGAGACCUUGAAGAUUUUUUUUUCUUUCAAUUUUUUCUACUUUUAAAAUUUACAAAAAUGUUUAUAAAAAAAAUAUUGCAUCUGCCAAUUUUUGUAUAAAUAUAUUAUUUGAUUGUGUGUGAAAAUAUUGGGUUUUUUUUCUUCUUCUUCGUCUUACUUCUUA